UUUAUAAGUAGCACACACUAAACAUAUACCACACGGCCUCGAAUUCAUUGUGUGAUUGUGUUCCAAUUUUUAACCAACUAGACUCCGCCUAUUUGCCUUUAUUAUUACAAAAUUCACGAGAAAAAUUACAAUAAUCAACUGCGUACAUUAAAAUUAAGUUGUUCUAACUAACAAUAUGUUUAAACAAAUUCAAAUAAAAUUGAUAUUGAAAUCAAUGAAAAUGUAAAAAUAAAAAGCAAAAGAAAAAAACAUCAACCAAGUUGAAAAGGAAAGAAAACGUCCAAGUGAGAGUGUUUUUCACCUGGCUUAAGCCAACAAACCACAACGAAAAGCAAUAAAAAAGCAGGAGAAUAGAAAUAAGAGGAAGAAAAUAAAUUUAUAUGAGAUUUAUUGUUGUUGUUGGUGGAGACCAACGCGAUAAACAAGUCAGGAGUAAAGGGGGGCUAACUGAUGAUGAUGAUUAUUGUGUGAGCGCUACUACAACGACGACGAUAACGAACAUGCUUGUGCUAGUGUAGUGGAGAGAAUUAUUUGUUAAAAAGCAUUUUAAAAAAAGUGUGUUGUAUGUUUCACGAAAAUGAAAAAAAUUAAACACAAAAUUCAAGCUGGUUGAUUCAUUUGUAAAUUGAUUUCAAAUCACAAAGUUGUUAUUGUUUUAAAAGGAGAAAAAUUGCUUAAACAAAUAAAGAAAUAUAAAUAAAACGUAUUUUACUGGUGAUUUAAUAAAGAAAUAAAUUUGUAACAAAAGUGUAAAAAGAAAAGAUUCGAAAAAAAUAAAUAAAAUUAAUACGUGAUACAUUUUUUAAAUAUAUUUACGAAAAAUAUAAAGAAAAAAAUAAAACAACUUGUUCAAUAGUUGGUUUUUUAAAGUUUCUGACCUAAAACAAAAGAAAAAAAAAAUUGUGAUUAACAAUGUUUGUUGAUGUGUGCUAAAAAAGGAAAAUCAACAACAGCAACAACAGUAAUCACAAUUAUAAAGUGAUCUUCAUUUGUAAUCAACUCCUUUGUAGUUGUUGUUACUUUUUUUAUUACAUAUAAUUAUUGUUGCUGUGUUUGCAAUUCCGUCAACUUUCAAUAAAAAUGGAAACAUUACUUAAAUGGUUAAAUAAGCCCAAGGCUGACGAUAAAUCGCUAUUGGCUCGGUUUUUUCAUGCAGAUCGGGCUCUAGCUGCCGUGGCUAGUGAAUUAGAUAGUUUCGAUGGACGAGCCGAGCCCGAUAGAUGUUCACGUUUGGUAUCCAGAUUACGCCAGGGACAGGAUAAGGUAUUGGCCAUUACCAAUUUGAUCAUCGAAGAGUUGUUGGGCGAUGAACGUGAUCAACGUGCAUUUCGUGCCAAGUUUCCCGAAGAAGUUUUGCAAGAAAAUUUAGCUGGCCAAUUGUGGUUUGGUGCUGAAUGUCUUGCCGCUGGUUCAUCGAUAAUGAAUCGUGAGCAAGAGAGUAAAGAAAUGCGUCCCUUAGCCGAAGCAGUAACUCGUAGUCUGAAUAAUGUACGUUAUUUGCUGCGCGAUCAGUGUUUGCGUAAUAAUGUGCCGAAUAGCGAGCGCUUGAAUUUGGAUAAAAACGAUGCGGCCACCGAACAGUUGUAUGAGAGUUUAAAACGUUUCGAUCGUUUGUUUGCUGAGUUCGAAUGGCGCUAUGUGAGCGCCAUGGUUCAAGUGAAAUCGAAGGAGGAAUAUGAAAUGCAAGAAUUAAUAUGUGUUCUAUGCUCGGAGACAUUGCAGAGAGCUUUAAAGCUGGGCCUGUUGGAGCAGGAUAAAGUUGAUGCAUUUGAUCCGGCCUUAAUGUUUUCCAUACCAAGGCUGGCCAUUGUUUCGGGUCUGGUUAUAUAUCCCGAUGGUCCACUUAACAUGGAUAUGCCGGCCGAACAAUUGUCCGAAAUGUUUCGGCCUUUUCGAGCAAUUUUGCUAAAAGUUCGUGAUUAUUUGCGAAAUCUUAAUGAAACUGAAUUGUAUUAUUUGGAACGUUUAUUGUGUACGAAUGAGGAAAUCAGUUUAAAGGACACUUUAAACUCAAAAGAUGCUGCCCCAGUAGCUGCCGACAAUAAUAAUACCAAAAGUAGCAAAUAUAGUGAAAAUUCUCCCAAUGAAAAUGCCGAGAAUGCGGGUUCACUGAAAACCACCACAACUACCUCUAAAUUGCAGCACAAGUCAUCUUCUACGUCGUCUUCAUCGUGUAAAACAUUCAAAACAAAACCAACGAGAAGAGCUGACAGUCCUUCGCCAGCACCGUCCACAAGCAGUAGUUCAUCGUCUGAUGACUGUUCCACCUACAAUACGCCCGUGUCAUCAACACCUUCCUCGCCUAGAUCUACGCAUUCAUUGGUUUCAACUACAUCAGUUGGCAAUGAGAGUAAUGGCACCACCUCUCCCGACAGUUGGAUCGAUGAUGACGACGACGACGACGUUGACGACAACAACGAUGAAGAAGGCGACUUAGGUAAAGAUAAUUUCUUGGUGGCACGCGACGAUGAUGAUGAUCAUUAUGCGGACGAUGAUGAUUCUGAUAUUAAUGGUGACGUUGACAAUGAAAGAAGCGAAAAUGAAGACCAUGAUGAAGGGAAUGAGAACAUUUAUAAUUAUGAGAGUGUAGUAGAAGGGAUCAUUAAUCUGGAAAAUACAGUAGAUCAGCUUAUAAAUCUGGAAAUGGCCUCGGCUGAUUGUGCCACGGGUUAUUUAAUUUCCAAUACUACUUUGGGUAAUUUGUUACAACCCCAAGAGGUGCCUUUAACCGAUAAUUUCAUAGUCAGUGAUUCUGAUUUGCCUGCAAAUGAGGAUGAUUUGAAUGACAACGUGGAUGUGGAACUGCCUAGUACCAGUGCCAAGGCCUUAACCGGCACAACCAGACAACAACAACAACAAAUGGAAAAAGAAAAUCACGAUAAUAAUAAUUCUGCCACCACAGCUAGUUUAAGUUUACAGGACUCUGAAGAAAUCUCUGUAUCACAACAAAGUUCCACUAAUAAUCCUUCCUCCGAAACGACUACCACAACAACAUCGUCGUGUACACGACGCAGACGUUACAGCAGCGAUCAGCAGCACAGCAGUAAGUCUCAGACCCAACAAGUCUGUACUAAAGAUCACACACGAUCUCAUCGUCAUCACCAUAGACAUCAUCACCAUCAUCAUCAUCACAACCAUCAUACACAUUCAACACCGUCAACGACCAAUCGCAACAGCAGUACAAUCCAGCCCAACCAAAGUCAUCACAGGCAUCGUGCGCAUCAUGUCCAUGCACACGGUCAUGGUCACCAUCAUCGUCGACCACAUCGUCAUGGUGGCGAUAAACCACAACAUACAUCAGCGCUACAAUGCGAUGAAUGUGUGGCUGGUGGCAGCAGUAGUGCAACUAAAGAUGAUUCUACUAUCGAGCAUAGUAAAGUUAAAUCUUCGAUUGGUGUUUUGGACAUAGAAACUCCCUCGUCGUCAUCAUCGUUGCUGGAUGAUAAUAAAUCGACUGUUAGGUUGUCGGGGAGAACGAAAUUUAAACACACGGAAAAUUUACUACAUCGUCUGUUUGUGUGUAUUGCCGGCGUUGCCGAUCAAUUGCAAACAAAUUUUGCCUUUGACUUGCGUCAAAUACUGCGUAGUGUUUUCCUAAUGAACAUGUCACCGGCUCAAGAAGAGUUGGACAUACCCGAAAAGCCCAAAGAUAAUGAAUUGUUUGAGUUUAGGGCUUCCGAAAAUGAUGUGAUACAAGAGAGUGCCGGUUCCAGUCAAAGUAUUUAUUCGGCCGAAGAGGUCAAUCCCGAGGGUGAUAAUCAAUCGAACAGUAGCAAUGGCAGCAGCAGUAGCAGCAACAAUACGAGCAGUAGUAGUAAUGAAGGCAAUAGAGCCUAUCGCCAUUCUACGGGUACGGCGGUAACUACUACUACUAAUGCUGUAAUGAAUGACGAUACAGCCGCUGCUAAUCAACGACAACAAAUCGAGCGUAGUCGUAGUCUAGAUAAUCAAGAAUGCCCCACAACAAUUGUCGCUCAACAAACACAACAAAGACAGCAAUUACGUCAGCAGCAUCAUCAUAAUCAUGUAUUUCGCAAUCGCUAUAAUUCGACUGGCAGUAAUUCGCCCUCAAUAUCAUCUUCGGAAAAUAGUUCACCCAUUUGUGAACGUUCCACAAAUACAACGAACCGCAGAGUAUCAGAAUCGAAUGCCAAUUCGAUACAACAGCCGCAACAACAGCAAAUAAAUACAACAUCUCCGGUACACUUGUCACCACCCGCCUGGAUACCAGAUCAAAAGGCUCCACGCUGUAUGUCCUGUAACACUCCAUUUACUGCAUUUAGACGUCGUCAUCACUGCCGUAAUUGUGGUGGUGUAUUUUGUGGUGUUUGUUCGAACAACUCCACGCCUCUACCAAAAUAUGGUCUCACCAAAGCGGUACGCGUUUGUCGUUCCUGUUAUGCCCAUGAACUUAGUUCGUCUGCUCUCAAUCAAAAUCACCAUCAUAACCAUAACCACCACAAUAACCACCACUCUCAGUUAGUUAGUCAAGCAACAACAAACACAACCAACAACGAACCUCGUUUACGUCGUCCUGCUAGAGCUAUUAAUUAGUAGAGAAAUUUUAUACAAACAUUUUGUGUGUUUUUUUUUAUUAUUUAUAUGAUUAAUUAUAGUAAUAAUUAAUAUUGUUUGAUAAUAUUACAAUUAUUAUUAUUAUUCCUUUCAGUUUUUAUUUGUGCGUUGCAGUUUGGUAACAAAGUUAUUAAAUUUUUUUUUAUUUGUAUAUAAAAUAUUUUAGAAAAUUUCACUAAAUUUUUGGUGCUGAAAAAUUUAAAUUUUUAUUUUAAUAUAUUUUUUUUUUUAAAUUGUAAAUUUUGUUGAAAUGAUUACGUAUAUUUUUUUUUAAAUAAUGUAUUAUAACAAUUUUCACAAUUAAAAUAUUGAAUACCAUGUUUUUCGCUAACAUUUUUUUUUUCGAAAUUUCAAAAUUUUUAAUACAGAUAAAACUUCGUAUACGAAAUUUUCAAUAUAUUCAAAUAAAUUUUCAAAAUUUAAUUUUAUUAAUUUUCGCAAUUUGAUUCGAACAUAAAAUAUGUAAUUCAAAAUUUAUUUUCGAAAUUAAUUUUCUUGAAAAUUUUUAUUUAUUAUUAAAUUCAAUUUUUAGUCUGCCAAUAUUAAGAUAAUUGUACAAUUCACAAAAAAAACAAAGCAAUUACAAAAUUAUACACAUACAUCGAUUCAUCAAUACAACAACACCGGUUGUGACAAAUGUUUCAACAAUAUUUCAAUAUUUUCAAAGUAAAAUUAUGGAAAACUAUUUACAAAAUAAUCAUUCAAUUCGAUUCAAAGGAACACAUUGUCGAAUUAUAAAUUCGAAAUUCAUAUAUAUUGUUUUAUACACACAAAUUUUGAAUAUUUUUAAAUUGUAACUCAAUUCGAAAAUGAAAAUGUUCGAGUUUGCAUGUUAAAUACACUGUACUUCGAAAGAAUAUCCUUUCGAAUCAAAUGAUAAAGUAAAGCCCCUAAUUAUUAUAAAAAAAAUUUUCAAAAUGUGUUCUAUUUGAAAUAUUGGGUCGGAAUAUAUGUCUGUAUGUGUGUGAUUUAUAAAUGAAGAUUUAAAUUUUACCCAAAAUUAUAUCUGCAAUUUUCAAUAUUUUUUAAUUCAAUUAAAAUAUUUUUUAAUUUUAUGAAAAAUUUUAUUUUUUCAUAUAUCGUUAUUUUAAUAACGAUAUCAUAUUUUAUGACAAUUUUAAUAGAAGAAAUUUGAAUACGAAAUUUUCGUAAUUUUUCUUCAAAUUUGAAUACGAAAUUUUCAUAUUUUUUUUUCGAAAUUUCUAAAUUUUUAUCCAGACACAAUUUCGUAUACGAAAUUUUCAAUAUAUUCAAAGAAAUUUUCCAAAAUUUUAUAUUUUAACAAAAUUUCGAAAUCAAUAAAACUAAAAUUUUAUUUUAAAGUAAUCAAUGCUUCGAAUACGAAAUUGUAAUUUAAAAAUUGUUUUCGAAAUUAGAAUAAUGUUUUCUACAAAAUGUAUGUUUAUGUCAGAGCUGUAAAUGAAUCAUUAAUUUUUGAAUUAAUUCGUGAAUCAUUCACACAAAAAAAAAUGAAUUGAAUGAAAGUUGAGUCAAUUCAAAUAAAUUUUGGUAAAAAUGAAUUACAAUUCAUUUCCAAUUCAAAUGAAUUGCAAUUCGUUUCCAAUUCAAUUGAAUUUGUAGAACGAAUUUCAAUUCAUUUCUAAUUCAAAUGAAUUAGUCAAAGUGAAUUGCAAUCAUUUCCAGUUCAUUUGAAUUGAUUUUUAAUUCAAUUCAUUUUACAGAUUUAUUUGAAUUGGAAAUAAAUUUAAAUUCAUUCAAUUCUCUUUGUUGUGAAAAAAUUAAUUCAAAAUUUAGCUAAUUCGUAACGAAUUCAAAACAAAAAAGAAUAAUUCAUUUACAGUUCUGGUUGUAUUAUUAUAUUAAAUUUUUAAUUUGCUUAUACUAAGAUAAUGUUUCAUUAAUUUCAAUAUUUUCAAAGUAAAGUUUUUGUGAAUAAAAAAGAAAACAUUGUGGUAUAACAAAUUAAGCGGGGUUAUUCCCUAGACAAGCAAUCUAUCUGUAUUAAAAUAUUACUUCAUACUUAAGUUUUGAAUGUUUUGUAAACUGGCGAAAAUAAUAAUGUUCAAAUUUGUAUAUUGUUUUUGAAUCGAAUGACAAAGUAAUCCUCUAAUGAUUAUGGAAAAUUGAAUUCAAAAAGAAAUUAUAUGAAUAACAUUUGGAAAUUAUAAAAUGUUUUAUGUUGAAUCGAAUUUUUUAGUGGAAUCGAAACACAUUUUAAUAUUGGCAAAUAUAUGCAAAUUGUUUGACAAUCAAGGUUUUGAUAUUAAAUAAAAAUUUUAUAGAUAUCUUUUUUAGAUCUGGUGACAUGUUAAACAUUGUCUGCUUUUACACAGGGCAAUUUUUCUUGCGCAAGUCUAGAGUUUAUAGGAGAGAGAGGCAAGAAGAAAGAAGAGGGGUACACACUUGCUUGUACUGGCAAGUCUCUUCAAUUCUCUUUUGUUUUCUCAUUUUCAAUAUGGCGUCUAUUAGGUUUUGACAUACAAAAUUGCUCACAGACUUGCUGUGUGUAAACAGACGAGCAAGUUUAAAAAGGAAUCGACGAGACUUGCUUCAAGUAAACUUGCCCUGUGUAAAAGCAGACAUUGAAAUAUAAGAAAAAUUUUGAAUUUAAAAUGGAAAUUUCCUAGAUAAGAGUAUGAAUAUAAAUAAGUUAAAUAGCUAUUUUUGAAACUUAAACAUUUCGUUAAAACUAUUUUAUAUAUUUUUUAUUUUUGUAUUAAAAAUCUUGCAAAUAACAUCUAAAUGAAUUAAGCAAAUCAAAAAUCAAUUGAAAUUUUCUAAAAUAUUGUAUACAUUCAUUAACUUACAAGUGAAUACAUACAUAUGUGUUGAAAAGUUUUCUUUAAUUACAUUACAAUAAUCUGUAAAUUAUUAUUGUUUUAAAAGCAACAGUCAUUGUCGAUUAUUACAUAAUUAUCAUCUCUCAAAUAUUAUUUGGGUUUUGGGUUUUAAAUAUUUCUUCUUUUCUUUUCACUCUCUUCUCUCUCUCCUUAAGCUUUAUAAAUGUGUUAUUUUUUUGUUUUGUAUAAUUUUCUAAUAUUAUUUCAAUUUAUUAAACAUAAAAACAACUUGUAUACUAAUUUACAUUAUAGCUUAAAUACAAUUUACAAUUGUUUCGUUUUUGUUUUCUUUUUUUUAUUAUUAUAAUAAUUAUUAUUUUAUUUUUAUUUAAUAGGACUUUACACAAUAUGAAAAUGUGUAGUAAAAUGUUUAGUGUAUUUUAGUGAAAAACAAAACAAACCAACAAAAAAAAAAAAAAAACUGAAAAAAUGUAUGUAUAAUCUUAAAUCAAUGUGUAUAUUUACUUUUUUACAUAAGACAAUUAGACAAUAACAAAUUAAAAUUUGUUGUAAAACUUAUUAAAAAAAAAAAUUAAUUAAAAAAACUAUAA